ACUGAAGUAACACAGAACAGCAUGCAAAAAUUUUAAAUGGGAUAUGCAAUAUUUGUUAUUGGACCGGCUGGUUCUGGGAAGACUUCUUUAUCCCACAUGCUUAAGGAACACUAUACAGCACAAAAGAGAGGAGUAGUUCUAGUGAAUUUAGACCCAGCACAGGCACUUACAGAUUUAGAAUUUUCAUUUGACAUAAGAGAUCACAUUGAAAUAACAGAAAUAAUGGAAGCAGCUGAUUUUGGGCCGAAUGGUGGACUUAUGGCAGGAUUAGAAGCCAUAUCAGAUAAUUUAGAUAUAAUGGAACUGCCUGAGGAUGAUGAUACACUUUUAAUAUUCGACUGCCCAGGACAGAUUGAGUUGUACUUACACUCUGACUCCAUUAGUAAAAUUAUCACAGAAGUUCAAAAGAACCAUUUCCCACUCAUUCUAUACGCAUUGGAUGUAAUGCACCUUCUGGAUAGUUCUAGGUUCAUAUCUGCAGCUAUCACAGCAACCAUUGCAAUGUCUAAGUUUGAAGUGCCCCAUCUGAAUAUAUUCACAAAGUGUGACUUAGUAAAAAAGGAAGAAUUAGACGAACUACUUGAUGAAUUGGAUUUAGACACUCUCUGCAGUAGCAUACCUGCAAGGUGCCGGAAUGAGAAGAAGUUCAACCAUGCACUCACUACAAUCAUAAAGGAUGAAGGUCUUCUUGGGUUUAUACCUUUAAAUUAUAAGGAGAAAGAGUCACUUGAUGAAUUAGCAUACCACAUAGAUACAUCCCUGCAGUAUUUUGACAGUCAUAUGGCAGAUGAAUAAAAUAAAUAUUAUACAACCCGA